GUGAGAGAGCGCGCGCGCGCUGAGGAAUCAUGCGCGAGAUUUCUUCCCACCUGUGCAGUUUCUCAGGUGUGCACCGGGGAGGAAUGGCAUAUCUUAUGGCAGCCUUCUCAGUCAGCAAUACUGUGACCAACUCUAUCAUAAUGAACACCAAUGGACCUCCUGAUCUCAUGUUGGAUACAAGGAUAGUUUGUGUAUCCAUUGAUAAUUUAAUGACUAAUCAUACUGGCAGCCAACAGACCCCACUGUUACAUGCACACUUAAAAAAAGUGGAGAACAACAAAAUGGAGGCACAGCGAUUCUCGUACCUGCCCAGAAGGCCAGCAGUCAAUAUUGAAUUCAGAGACGUCUCCUACUCAGUUCCUCAGGGACCAUGGUGGAGAAAGAAAGGUUACAAGACCCUGCUGAAAGGCAUCUCUGGCAGCUUUACCAGUGGGGGUCUAGUGGCUAUCAUGGGGCCCUCAGGAGCAGGGAAGUCAACGCUUAUGAACAUCCUGGCAGGAUACAGGGAAACGGGAAUGAAAGGAGAUAUCUUGAUAAACGGACAACCCCGAGAUCUGAGGUCCUUUAGGAAAGUGUCUUGUUAUAUUAUGCAAGAUGAUAUGCUUCUGCCACACCUGACGGUCCAGGAGGCCAUGAUGGUAUCAGCUAAUCUAAAACUUCAGGAAAAGGAGGAGGGCAGAAGAGAGAUGGUGAGUGAGAUCUUGACUGCACUUGGCUUGUUGGAAUGUGCUAAAACACGCACAUCUAACCUCUCUGGUGGCCAGAGGAAGCGCUUAGCAAUUGCCUUGGAACUUGUCAACAACCCACCUGUCAUGUUCUUUGAUGAGCCCACAAGUGGACUUGAUAGCUCCUCCUGUUUCCAAGUCAUCUCACUGAUGAAAGCUCUGGCUCAAGGAGGCCGAACAGUUAUCUGCACCAUUCACCAGCCCAGUGCCAAAGUCUUUGAGCUCUUUGACAAACUGUAUGUACUGAGCCAAGGUCAGUGCAUCUACCGAGGAAAAGUAUCAAACCUAAUCCCCUAUCUAAGGGAACAUGGACUCAACUGCCCUACGUAUCACAACCCAGCUGAUUUCAUAAUGGAAGUGGCCUCUGGAGACUAUGGUGAACACUUGGCUCAAUUGGUGAAAGCUGUUAAUGAGGGAAAGUGUGAAAAAGAUUACAAAACUGAGACAAAUGGCGAUGAGGCUCUGAACUCUUUCUUUUGGCAGAAACCACCUGAUGAGGACUCCUCUUCCACUGAAGGCUGUCACAGCUUCUCUGCCAGUUGUCAGACACAGUUCUGUAUCCUCUUUAAAAGAACAAUAUUAAGCAUCAUGAGGGACUCGGUGUUGACCCACCUGCGUAUCACCUCUCAUAUUGGAAUUGGGCUCCUGAUAGGGCUUCUCUACCUUGGGAUUGGAAAUGAAGCUAAGAAAGUCCUCAGCAACUCUGGUUUCCUUUUUUUCUCAAUGCUUUUCCUCAUGUUUGCUGCUCUGAUGCCCACUGUGCUUACCUUUCCUCUUGAGAUGGGUGUCUUUUUGAGAGAGCACUUAAAUUACUGGUACAGCCUGAAGGCGUACUACCUCGCAAAGACUAUGGCCGAUGUCCCAUUCCAGAUUGCAUUCCCAGUGGCAUACUGCAGCAUUGUUUAUUGGAUGACCUCUCAACCAUCAGAUGCUGUUAGGUUCAUCCUCUUCUUGGCUUUGGGUACUCUGACAUCGUUGGUGGCCCAGUCUUUGGGUCUUUUGAUUGGGGCAGCAUCUACAUCAUUGCAGGUGGCUACUUUUGUAGGGCCAGUGACUGCCAUACCUGUGCUGCUAUUUUCAGGGUUUUUUGUCAGUUUUGACACCAUCCCAAAAUACCUCCAGUGGAUAUCUUACAUUUCCUAUGUCAGGUAUGGAUUUGAAGGAGUUAUUUUGUCCAUCUAUGGGCUGGACCGUGAGGACCUAUACUGUGAAAAAGAUGAGACAUGCCACUUCCAAAAAUCCAAAGCUAUUUUGAAGGAGCUAGAUGUUGAGAAUGCUGAGUUGUAUCUGGACUUCAUUGUGUUGGGCAUCUUCUUUUUUUCUCUGCGCCUUAUUGCCUACUUUGUCCUCCGCUACAAAAUCAGUGCAGAGAGGUAAACAGCAACACUUUGACAAAACAAGACCCAAGGAAUGGUGAGCUAGGAGAACAAAAGUGCUAAAGCAAAAGUCCAUAUAAGGAAAGCAAUACAAUGAACAGUUUAAACUACACACUCGGUGCACUAUUUUGCACUAAAAAAGGAUAUGGACUGACAAUCUAAGUACAUAUACAGUAUAUGUGACAAUCUGCAGUUGGUUUAAACAGUUAAUCAGGGAGUUGGUCUCAUGUACUAUAUUGGUUUAUGCUGUGAACAUUAUGUAUGUAUAAUGUUGCGUCUCCCUGGGUGUGAUGGAUCCUAUUCUCAAUAAAUAGGAUACAACAAUAACAAUCAGACACAGGAAAGGGUUUCACAAUUUUAAGAGCUGGUCUCUGCUAGUAGUGGUAUGACUAAAUAGGACUAGUCAGCUUUCCCAUCGUUAAAGCUAAAACUGAUUCAAGACAUUGCUAUUUUAGGUUAUUUUCUUGCAGUUAAAUAUCAUUAACAGCAAUAAAGAAAACAAAAAACUGCAAUUCAAUUAACACAUAAAAGCUAUAAAAUACCUUUUCUAUCUUCAAUUCAAGGAAUAAAAUCUGUGCAAUAAUAAGUCUGUGCAUUAUAUUACACAAUUUAUGGACAUACAAAUUCUUACAGUGCACUUGUGUGGAUGAGCUGGCAGAUCAGCUGACGUUGUUGAGCUGUCAGCUUACCCACACAAGUGCAUUAUAGCUCAAUGAUCAGCCUUCCUUGGAUGGAGGUUGCAGUGUCUAUAGUAGUGUCUGGGAAGUUUUUCCAAGUUGAUAUUGUCUUGGAAGUUGCUGCACUGAACUCUGGCCUUUGUAGACUCUAAAAGUGAGUCUGCAUUCAGCCUUGGAGUGCUGGCAUGCUCUGAGAGGCUGUAC